UUUGAAUGUGGUAUUUGCCAUGCAUUUCUAAGCGGAUCACGCAGCAGACACAAUGGGCUGUAUUUUGUGCAAGUUUUACAGCGAGUUUUGCACCAAAAAAGCAGACGAAUCGUGUUUGGUCCCGGAACCAAAAAAGGAAUACUCCUGGGACAAAAAACCAAAAUUCGAUCCAAAAGAUUUCACCAUCGAAGGAAUAAUUGAUUCGGAAAUCGUGAGGGAACCAAAAACAGUCAAUGGCAGACAGAUGAUAGUUCAAAACUGCAAGAACUCCAAAAUUUUUGUUCUGGACCAUUGCAAUUCAGUCAUCAUAGACGAUUGCACCGACUGCCAAAUCAUUUUGGGACCAACCAGUGGAAGUCUUUUCGUGCGUGGUUCGGAGAAUUUGUGCCUGAUCGCCUUGUGUGGGCAGUUCCGCGCCCGCGACUGCAGGAAUAUAACUGCUUUCUUGUGCUGCACAUCACAGCCGUCAAUUGAAGCGUGUUCAAAACUGGAUUUCGGCUGUGCGCUCAUACAGUAUAAACAGCUACAAGGUCAGAUCGAGAAAUCCGGCCUGAGCAUUUUUAAUAACCAGUGGAAUCUGAUUUACGAUUUCACGCCAAUCGCCUCCGACGACCCAAAUUGGCAAAUUAUACCACCGGAUAAAGUCACGGAAUUGGUUCAAAUCAGUGAAGAAAACGCCGAAAGAUUUGAACUGGUAAUUGGUGAAAAAUCAAAAUCACUUGUCCCCUGCUCACUCGGAUCACCAGAUGUCGGAAAUUUUGCUGCGGAAAUUUGCAUUGUGGCAAUAACAGAAUUUCGUAAUCAGGAGAGCAUAUUUGCUCUUGAGUUUAUUGCAUCGCUAAAUCACGAGGAAGACUUACGUUUGACACGAACUAAAGAAGCAAAAGUCUGUGACGAGGACAUGAAAAAAUUAAAUCCCAACCAGAAAAAGCUGGACGCUAGUCUGGUGAAUUUAAUCGUGCUUCAAUUUGCGGGAUCAAACUGUGUAGCUAAAUGUCAAGAAGCAAAGGAAAAAGGGAGUACAAAAUUUGGUGAAGAGAUGAAGGAAAACGUUCACAUCUAUGACCGUCCAUCUGGCAAGCAGCUGAUAACAUUCAUGCAAAGUAGCUAAAGAAGGACGACUUAAUCUGACAAGAACAAAAUAGCAAGGGACGCGAUUAAAUCUAGUUUUAUUUUUGGUCUCUAUGUAAUGUAUGUCAGUCAGUGAGCCAAAAAGCUAUUUGUGUUGUAAUAAAUAAAUGAAUGGAAUAUAA